CCCACCCCCACCCCCCACCCCCUUUCCAAACACAUCCUCCAGAUGCUGCCCGGGACGUAGGGCAAGGACGAACACCGAUUGCUCUUCUUCAACAUGCUCAUGAUGAAGUUGUUACUAAUACUUGCCUUUUCUGGACUCGUAGCUGGUUUUAGCAGUAACUCCUCUGACAGUUUUCUACCGAAGUUACUGCUAGUUUCCUUCGACGGCUUCAGAGCUGACUACCUGCAGAACUACGAUUUCCCUCACCUCCAGAAUUUCAUCAAGGAAGGCGUCCUGGUAGAACACGUGAAGAACGUUUUCAUCACAAAAACCUUUCCGAACCACUACAGCAUCGUGACAGGCUUGUAUGAGGAAAGCCACGGAGUCGUGGCCAACUCCAUGUACGAUGUUAGCACAGAGAAACAUUUUUCGGAUGCUGAUGACAAGGACCCUUUCUGGUGGAAUGAGGCCGUGCCCAUUUGGGUGACCAAUCAACUUCAUGGAAACAGAUCCAGCGCUGCUGCCAUGUGGCCUGGCACCGACGUGUCCAUUCACAACACCACACCUUCCUAUUUUAUGAACUACAGCCCGGCCGUGUCAUUUGAAGAGAGACUAAAUAACAUCACCACGUGGCUGAGCAGUUCGAGCCCACCAGUCACCUUUGCAACGCUCUACUGGGAAGAACCAGAUGCAAGUGGCCACAAGUAUGGGCCCGAAGAUACAAAACACAUGAGCUCCGUGCUGAAGAAAGUCGACGACCACAUUGGUGACCUAGUCCAUAAACUCAAAAUGCUGGGACUGUGGAAAACCCUCAAUGUGAUCAUUACCAGUGACCAUGGGAUGACCCAGUGUUCCAAGGAAAGACUGAUCAACUUGGACACCUGCAUUAAUCAUACACAGUACACCCUUAUUGAUGUGACCCCAGUUGCGGCAAUACUUCCCAAAAUGAAUGUCACGCAGCUGUACAAUAAACUGAAAGUCUGUAACCAUCACUUGAGCGUUUACCUCAAGGAAGACAUUCCUGCCAGAUUUCACUACCAGCAUAAUGACCGCAUUCAGCCUAUUAUUUUGGUUGCUGAUGAGGGCUGGACAAUUGUGAUCAAUGAAACACUGAUAAAAUUGGGUGACCAUGGCUAUGACAAUGCGUUGCCCAGCAUGCACCCGUUUUUAGCUGCCCAUGGCCCUGCAUUUCACAAAGGCUACAAGCAGAGGACAAUCGACAGUGUGGAUAUUUAUCCAAUGAUGUGCCACAUCCUGGGAUUGGAACCACAACCCAAUAAUGGAACUUUUGGGAAUACUAAGUGUCUGUUAGUCGACCAGUGGUGCAUUAAUCUCCCAGAAGCCAUUGGGAUUGUCAUUGGUGCACUUCUGGUCUUAACCACUUUAACUGGCCUCAUAAUAAUCAUGAAGAAUAGACAAUCUGUACCACAACCAUUUUCCCGACUUCAGCUACAAGAUGAUGAUGAUGACCCUUUAAUUGAAUAACCUGUGCUGAGGCAUUUUUUAAAAAAAACAAAGUCACAAACAAAGGACACACACAAGGAAUGGUGUCAUAACUCUGAAAGUGAUUAUGAAAGGCAAAGAUGUUCGUGCCAACAUGUUUCAUAGUUUUGUCUUUUGUUAUGGUGCAUCAGCCAAUAUACAGUAUACCCUGACCAUCGUAAAAGUCUCUAGUAAAUUCUUACCAGUUAACAGUCUACUUCUAUAACCAGAAACAUCUUUUGAGAAAAAAUACUCUGUUUUCUAUGUGUUCAUUGUGAAGAUGUGAUACAUCUUUAAAUUAGAAUACUAAAAAUUUAGUAGGCAUGCCUUUCUACUAAAUUUAUAUAUUUGUACAUGAAAGAAAGAAAUCCUUAUGCAAUUAUUGAAUUUUUUUGUAUCAGGGAAGAAAUGUUUCCUAUAUUUUUAUAUUGCUAUUUAAUAGUUUGUAUCCCAAGUAAACCCUUGUAGUAGGAAAUCCCUUUCAAUGGUUAAUAAAAUUAGUUAACCCAGCAGUAGAUUUUGCACAUGUAAAGUAUUUUAGGGAAAGCUAUUAUAAACCAAAACUAACGAAAGUCACUUGAUAGGAGUCAGUUGUAACUGGUAUCUUUAAGACUUAUAAGUUGUUAAAAGCCUUUAAAGACUUUCUCUUUGAAGAUAAUCACUAGUAAGAAAUUUGGAAUGUAGAAAAGUGGUGCAGACAUUUGGUCAAUGCUUUUGCGGCUAAUGCGUUUGUGUAAGUCAUUUGUGUGUGUGUGUGUGUGUGUGUACAAUGUGCAUGCACAAAUGUCACGUACUUUGUCGUAGAAGGAAGCCAAAGGUGAGUUGGGCUUUUUAUAGUUUGGUUUUUACAGUCCCCUGAAACACAAUUCUCAGAAAAUCUUAUUUUUACAUUUCAUAUUAACUUUCUCCUAACUCACAAGUUUAAAUCUUAAUUUUAAAAAUUAUGUUUAUUUACAAUUUUUAACUUGAGGCAUGCAAGUGCUAUAGAGAGAUUUCCUACCUGAACACGCAUUUGGGUUAGGUUGGGUCAGAAUGAGGAAGACAGACAUUUUUGGUCUUACUUUAGGGUUCAGAAUUCGAAAUGGAAUAUGUCCAUUUUGACCUUUAAAGUCAGUCAGUCAGCUAAGGGAUAGAACAUUCUCUCAAAACUCUGUGGACAGUCAGUAGCCCCAAAGCUGCCUCUAUUUCUGUUUUCCAGUCUUUGGAUGACAGAAACAAUGGCCCUGCCUCCAUCUCUGACCAGGCCUGUUCAGUCAGGGACUGACUGUGGGAAAACCAUAGUGCUUCCUUGGCUAGGUGGUGCCUCCUGAGAAUGACAAAUUCAUAAGCAGAAACUGAGCCGUGGCAGACCAGGCUUUAUCUAGGAGAGACAUUGCAUCCAAGAACCACUCACGACUUGAGACAAGAAAUUCAUUAGUAUCAACAAUGUGAUCGUUCAUUCUUUAGCAAGAUAAACUGGGUCAUUGUGCUGCAGAUGCAAAAAUAAUGCACAGAGAAUGUGCAGUGUAACUUAGUGUUGAUUACCUGUGAUGGUGAAAAAUACUGUGCCAAUGGAACAUUAAUUCCUCUUCUUGGGUUACUGUUAGUUUCUAGAGCCCAUUUGAGGUCCCUGUGUUAGUAACUCAGACUACAGAUGGCUCGAAAGAGCUGGUUGUCUGGAGACGGGCACCAUUAACAAAUGAAAUACAGUCCAUAGGCCUGCUGCUGCUUGGUAAAUUUAUCUCCACUCCCCCCCACCCCACCCCCCACAAAAAAAAACACUGAAAGUUAGAGAUGAUAGGAAUGAAAAAACAGAAAAAUUCUUCUGAAAUUCAGUUUCAGUUUUUAAAAAUAACAAAGAAUUGAGCUGUCACAUUUAAGCCCCCUCCCCUUUAAGUAGUGGACAUAUUUCGAUCCCGGUCUUCGCAGUGCGGUGAGUUUUAGUGACUUCAUUAGGUUGAUGGGAGAUCCAGGUAGCCCACCUGAGUGGGAUUUAUCCCACAUGAUAAAAUAGGUGAGGCUAUUCUGUCACGGGCUUAACCCUUUCAACAAGACACUCACCUGCUUGUCUCUCAUUUCAUUAUAAAAAAAUUUGCAUUUUAGAUGAGAUAAAUUGCUUUUAUAUGUGUGAGCAGGGCAGUAUUUGUUCAAAGAGUUUAUGUUGUUCUGUUGAACUUUGUGUAUUAAUUCAUGUUUGUUUUGUUAAACCACCACUCUUUAAGCUAAUUUCUCUUCUAGUUCCCUAAGAAUAACUCUUGGUAAUGUGAUCCUCCUACAGUAAGAUUCUGGUGGGUUUUUAAAAAUGAUGGACUGAGACGCUCAGUGUGGUCUGGGUCGUCAGAAGUCCUGGAAUCCAGGAAGUAUUCAGUUGGGCAUGACAAGAGCCACAACCGGCAAUUGGAAACGUUUGGGUGCAGUGUUUUGCUGUUCUUGUUAAGCCAGUGGAAGCCCCUUUCAGAAUUGACAGUCUGUUUACUCAAGAGGGACGACAGUUCUGCGGCUGUUGUUACUGUACAGGUUCUCCUAGACUAAGACGUAUUUGAAUGCUCCGCACCAUAGCUCUGUGUUACUGCGCCCUUGGGCUUGGUGGAAGUAUCUGAAGAUCAAAGAUCUUGGAAUACUGGAAGGAUAAGAGUGCAUUUCACGGUCCGUGGGCGGGCCCCCUGUGAGCUGUAUCUCACAAACUGGAAAGGGGAUCGCGCGUCAUGCCUUCUGUUUGGAGGACUUCACCGUGAACGCUCAGAGCUACCAAUGAAGAGCAGACAUGGGAUGGCGAGUGUGUAUUUAUUGUCAGUUUUUAAAGUGGUGUUUACAUGAAGUGUCAUGAGUGUUCUUUCAAGAAAUGUAUGUGCAGUACCUUAAGUUAAAGUAAAAUGUUUUGACUUGUUUGAAUUCAUAGUUAAUGACUUUGCUUAUGAUUAAACAUUUUUUUAUGUGAGUAAAACCUU